AUGUUGCGCAAAGUCGUCGUCGUUACUGCCACUCUGGGUGCUAUUACUAGUGCGGCUGCUGCCCCGGUCGCUGGCCCCGAACCUGCACCGGUUACGCAGCCCAAGGUAGUCGCUGGGUACAAUCCGACUCCAGCCCCUCCAGUCCCUCAGCAACCAACAUACUGGCAGUCGCCGCCGAAACCGUACUGCGGAGACCCACCCGGCCGAGGAAGCGGUCGAGGACGUGGCAGAGGACGUGGUGGCAGAGGACGUGGUGGCAGAGGACAACCUCGCGGGCGAUCACUCAGUCAUCGCUCGUCAGGCCUGUAUGAGCCAUCAGAAGCACACACAUCCAAGGGCUACAAUCCCGAACCAUCACCCCACCGCUCUAAAUCGCGAGGUCACGGAUCUAGGUCUCGUUCUCGAUCCCCAGACGGGUACAAGCCAUAUCAAGCCAAAGACUAUAAGCCCAAGCUACGCCCAGAGUCGCCCCACCGUUCUAAGUCACGUUCCAGCUCUGGAUCACGGGAUCGUUUCGAGUCACCCCAUUCGCGCCCAGGAUCGGCCUGUGGGUGA